UAAUUCAUUAUUAUCCUUGAAAUCUUGUAGCUGGAAAUGGCGUCUUCGAAGGUGAAGAAAGUCAAGACGGUGCAUCAGAAGAAGCGCGUUUUUCGAGCCAGCGAGCCGAUUUUAAGCGUCCUCAUGUGGGGGAUAAACCACACGGUUGAUGAGCUAAUGCACAUUAACAUUCAACCGUUUCUAAUGCCGGACGAUUUCAGGGCGUUUGCCAAAACGCGUGUAGAGAACCAUCUUUAUAACAAAGAGAAUCUUCCUGGUCGUUUCAAAUUCAAGGAGUACUGCCCACUAGUUUUUCGCGAUCUAAGGGAAAAGUUUAGAAUCGAUGAUACGGAUUACAUGCAUUCUCUUACUCAAUCACAACCAGUCGCGUUCAGCUCAAGUGGUCACAGUGGCGCUAAGUUUUAUGUGUCUCACGACAAAAGAUUUAUAAUCAAGUUAAUCUCCAGCGAAGAAGUGGCUCUAAUGCACCAAAUACUACAGCAAUACCAUGAGCAUGUUGUUGAGACAAACGGUGGCACGUUGUUGCCACACUACGUUGGAUUGUAUCGUCUGACAGUGAGUGGCGAUGAGUACUACGUCUUGACGAUGCGUAACGUGCUGCCGAGUCGGCUACAAAUACACAAGAAAUUCGAUCUGAAGGGGUCAACAGUUGACAGAUCAGCGAGUGAGAAAGAGAAGGCUAAGGACUUGCCGACGUUCAAAGACAAUGACUUUAUUAGUGAUGCUCUAAAGAUUCAUAUUGGGGAAGAUGCAAAGCGGCAGCUAAUGGAGAAGCUUGAGAAAGACACAGCUUUUUUGACUCGUCUAAAACUAAUGGACUACAGUUUGUUAUUGGGAAUUCACGACUGUACUCAGGCUCAGAUGGAUGACUUCGAUGAUGACGAAAAUGACGACGAAACCGAGGAAGAAGGAGCAUCAGGAGACGACGGAAUAGGAGCAGAUGCGAAUGCCGGCGCCGUGACAGGAACCGGGAAAGCAAUAACUUUGCCAUCAGAACAGACGACAGCCGAAGUGGCAGCAGCCGUGUCCGGUCUUCCCAGACCUCACAUUGCAUUGAAUGGAAAGGCUGCGGCAGCUGCUAUUGAGCAGGGAAUGUGUCCAGUUGUUGACUUAUCAGUUGAUGUUUUUGCUGUCAUGUCUAAUGAUGAGUCUGAACCAUUGAUCUACUUUUGUGGACUUAUUGACAUGUUGACUCAGUAUGGAGCUCGGAAGAGAGCAGCCCAUGCAGCCAAGACCAUGAAACACGGGACAAAUGCGGAGAUAUCAACCGUGAGACCUGAGCAGUAUGCAAAACGGUUUUUGGACUUUGUAUCAAGAAUUGUCGAGUAGUAGGAUCAGGUGAAUAGUACUGGAUUAAUUAUUGUAAGGAUGGUAAACUGCGUGUGGCGGGCAGUAAUUUGAAAGUGAGAUUUUGGAUGUGUGUCUGCAUCUGAGUAUAUUAUUAGUAGUAAUUUGACAUGUUAGUCUUAGAUCAGUAUUGUCUAAUACAGGACUUCUUAUAUGUAUUGUUAUAUA